AAUUUAUUCUGGUUUGUAGCCGAGCACUGUAGCGCGACUGCUCGCCGUAUACAGUACUGAACUGAUCAACUCUUGACCGUCAUAUCAGCCGACUUUUACCAAAACACCAAGAAUUACAUCACCACAUCACCACAUAGCAGCAUAACAACACAGCAUAUACUCACUCUUGUUUUUAACCUUGUACAAACCAUCGAACAGCAUAUACUCGCAAUGGCUGUAAAAGGCGUCUUUUCAUAUUGGUGGUUUCCUGUCCUCUCAGGUCUAGUCUGGUUGGGCAUGUUGCUUGGCCUGCUACUAGAAUGGCAAAUCAACCAACAUGGCCGUCGCUAUCCUACGCAGUCUAUCCAUUCCGACGUCGCAUACAUUUCCAACGUCGGCGCUGACCGUCUGUGGCCGCUCUUCAUCACCGGAUGCGUUCUCACUUCCAUUUUCCUCGACGCCGCGUUUCUAUCGGAACGCUGGCUCCGACAUAAAGGACGUCUUGCGCCUAAUACGACCCUCAUGGAGAAGGUUCUUACCUGGCUCUCGAUCGCCUUUGCCGCAGUUGGUACUGUCGGACUUAUCUGCUUGUCCAUCUUCCGUACUGGAAGAUAUACCAGACUCCACCAUACCUUUUUGGCUCUCUUUAUUGGAGGUUACCUGAUCUCUGCUGUCUUUAUCUGCUGGGAGUAUCAGCGUCUCGGAAUUAACUACCGCGAGCACCGAGUUCUUCGCAUCUCUUUCUGGGUGAAGCUCACCUUUAUCUUGGUCGAAGUUGCCCUCAUUAUCGCUUUUGGUGUCACCAGCCGCAUCAAGCAGCGAAACGCUGCCGCCAUCCUUGAAUGGGUCAUUUCAUUCAUCUUCACCUUCUACGCCAUCUCCUUCGUCAUCGACCUUUACCCUGCUAUUCGUACAAAGCCACGUCACGCCAGACACCCCAAAUACGUGCCUUCAGCUAUUGCUGAUUCCAGCAGCCCAAGCCACGAAGGUUCACGUAGCGACAUCAACGACCGAAGGGACGUCGAGAUGGCCCAGAACACACCUCCUAGAGACUUCUAAUAGAAGUCUCACACACAUCUUCAUCUCCCUCUACAUAAUCAAGAAAUUGCACAUCAAACUCAGUAUUUGUGCAUCACUCAAGCUCACCUAAACUUGCCCACUUAAAUUCACCACUUCUCAUGUUAUAUGGACUUAUGUCGGAAUGAUUCCCCCUUUUGCAUGGCGUUUGGAUUGGAAAUUGGCUUGCAUCAUUAUAAAGAGAGACUUGCACAAUGUUUUUAUUACUUUUGCUUAGACAAGAAUUAAAAAUAUGUAUUAAUAAUUUCGUAAUAACUAUUC